AUGCUGAAUCGUAUCCGAAAAUUAAAGAAAAAAGAUGAUAUGAACAAAGAAGAUCACGACAUACUUGAAAAAUGUCAUCAACGUUAUUUAAACAAAAAAUUUCAUCCAGAAGCAUUACAUUUAUUUGCUAAAAAUGCUCCGGUGGAUGUACAUAACGAGGAAAUAAUAGAGAAAAUUUGUACUAAUAUUCGAAUCUUCUAUGAAGUCGAUAGUAAUGAUAAAGACAUAAAACAAAACGAUUCUAAAUAUUCGAGAAAAACUAAUAAAACUCUGCGACUUGCUAGAAAUGCUAGAGUUAUGAUAACGAAAAAUAUUUCUGUAAACGAUGUAUUAGCAAACGACGUCAGAGGUCGUAUCAUAGAUUUUGUCGAAAAUAAUAAUACAGAGGUUUCUCGAAUAAUAAUAAUAUGUGAUUCACUUACAGUUGGACGUCAUCAUCGCAUUAGUUGUCCACAUUGCCAUGGAAAAGAUGCAGUAUGUGUAACACGAGAACGUGACAGCGUUGAUCAACAACAUUCUGAUUUACGUUCAAGGAAAUCAAUAAAACAAUUUCCUUUACGUCUAAGUUGGGCAAUGACUAUACAUAAAGCUCAAGGCAUUACCGUUGAUCAAGUUAUCAUUAGUACAAAGGAUUUAUUCGGUAGCGGAUUGGGUUACACAGCUUUAUCACGUGCUCGUUAG